AUGAAGAAUACCCACUUUUCAGUUACUGAUUUCAAUGUUUUGGAUUUGUUCUUUUCAGAGCUUUUAGCAGAAGACAGCACCAGAAUGGCCACAACAGGAAACGCAACCCCCACACAUCCACAAACUGUUCCAAACACAUGCAACACCAGUAACAGUAGACAUGCAGAGCAUGUCUUAGCUCCAAACAUAUUAAGAGGAGAAUCUGCACACCAACAAACACAUAUCGAAUGCAUGUCACUUGCGUCAGAAAAUCACUCUGAAACCACAUCCAAGGAAACAUACAAUACAGCAACUAGUGAACCAUCUACUUCAUCUACUACACAUGCCAUUUUCAAUACAUUUGAACAACAACCACAACACAAUAACAAGAGAAAGUACCAAGAGAAAUCUGAAAAAACCAAACGUAAGAAACAUGUAAGUGAAGACGAAGGUUCUGACAGUGAGGAAGAUGGAGUCAAGAGAAUAUCAUCAUCUGCCACCUAUUUAGAAUUGGAACCAUCAGGAAAUAGGAAGAGAGAAAUUAUAAUAUCCAUUUACAAAUCAAAGAGAAAUAAAUUUGGACCUAGAAUGAGUGAUGAGAAGGAAUUUGUUAAAAAGAUGAAGAUGGUUGCCAAUGUCAAGGAAAAUGCUGUUUCCUACGUUAAUACAAAAGGUUUCCUUACAAAGCAGUUCCUUUUACCAACAUGUGAGAAGACAAAGGUUUCUCUUUGGGUUAAAUUUGAAGGAAGUGAUGAGUUUUUCAAUGUUUAUUGUCAAACUGGAAAGGGAGAGAUCUUAUUGAUGAAUCUCUUAACUUUUGAUAGAAAUAAUCACAUCAAAAAUUACAAUCAUGUCAAUCUCAAUAGAUAUAGUAAUGCAUUUGUAAAGCCAGAGUGUGAAUUUAUUGAGGAAUGA